AUAGUCAUAGAUAUGUAUUUCAGAUACGGUGACGUUGCUUCGGAUAUGAUGAGAAUACAAUUUAUACAUGCUUACGUUAAGUUGACCCCAAAACGAAAUGCUCUAAAAAAAUCUCUAUAUAAAUUCUCUAAUCCAAUCUCUUACCAAUCCAACUGAACUAAACAAGACUCUCUCUCUCUCUCUCUAUCCUCUCUCUCCUUCCUUCUCUCUCAUACAACAAUUAUGCAAAAAGCAGUAAGACCAUACGAGUCAUCGUGGACGAAGACCAUACCGGGGAAUAGCAUUUUCCGCCCAGAGAAUGAAGAUAAACCAUCAUCAUCCUUAUCAUGGUUAACAUCAUCACCACAAAAACCAUCAUCUUUAAGCAUCAAGAAACCAAACAACGUAUUGGUGAUGGAGAAUGCUGCGGUAGUGUUUGCCAGGAAAGGUUGUUGUAUGGGACAUGUAGCCAAACGGUUGUUACUGACACAUGGAGUGAACCCAUUGGUAGUUGAGAUUGAUGAAGGAGACAACAACGGUGACAAUAUCAUCAUGAGUGAGCUCGGUAAUAACGUGAUUAGUAAAGAGAAAUUACCAGUCAUGUUCAUAGGAGGGAAGUUGUUUGGAGGAUUAGAGAAUCUGAUGGCUGCUCAUAUUAAUGGUGAUUUAGGACCUACUCUCAGACAAGCUGGGGCUUUAUGGCUUUGAUUCAUCAUUGCAAUUCUCAUAUAAAUGUUUAUUUAGUUGCCUUUUGAUUUUUUUUCUCUUUGUUGCAUUUGCUUGUUGAUAUUGUAUGCAAUUUUGUAAACCUAUGUGAAUUUGUGAUUGGUUUGUUAUGUGAUUGGUUUGAUCAUAAACAACAAGAAAAAUAUAUAGAAAGAACAGAAAUA